AUGGAGCCGGCCCGGGAGCCCCCAGCGCGGACCCGGCCGCCGCCGCCCCCCGCCGCCCGCCCCGCACCUGCCCCCGCAGCGCCCAGGCCGCGCUCCCCCGCGGAAGCGGAGGCCCGAGGCCCGGAGGGGCUGCUGCGGCGAUCGGGCUCCGGCUACGAGGGCAGCACCAGCUGGAAGGCGGCCCUGGAGGACACCACUACCCGUCUCCUGCUGGGGGCCAUCGCUGUGCUUCUGUUCGCCAUCCUGGUGGUGAUGAGCAUCUUGGCUUCCAAGGGCUGCAUCAAGUGCGAAGCGCCCUGCCCGGAGGACUGGCUGCUCUACGGGAGGAAGUGCUACUUCUUCUCCGAGGAACCACGAGACUGGAACACAGGCAGGCAGUACUGCCACACCCACGAGGCCGCGCUGGCUGUGAUUCAGAGCCAGAAGGAGCUGGAGUUCAUGUACAAGUUCACGCGGAGGGAGCCCUGGAUUGGCCUGCGCAGAGUGGGGGACGAAUUCCAUUGGGUCAACGGGGAACCGUUUGACCCGGACACGUUCCACAUCGCGGGCCUGGGGGAGUGCGUCUUCGUGGAGCCCACCAGGCUGGUGUCGACGGAGUGCCUGACGACCCGGCCCUGGGUGUGCAGCAAGAUGGCCUACACGUGAGGGCCCAGCUCACGGCCUCCCUGGGGUGCCCCCUGGAGACCAGCAGCCCACAGUGACCGCCUCCCUUCCCCGGCACCUCCAGCACUUAACACGGAGCCUCUACACGGCCGGCCUGUCCUCUUGUCGUCUGUGACGCGUCUCUUCAUGUCACCUGACUGCUCCUGUCAUCUGAAUAUAAACCCCUGGGAAGCGGGGACUGUGCGUUUUUGGCCUCUUGGGUGCACAUAGCACGCACUCAAAGAUCCUUGUACAUGACAAUAAGAUUGUACACGUUGACUGUUGGCCACAGUGGGAGAGACCGGUGGUCGCCAUCUGCAGGAGACUUGUCUUUUUGGCCUGGAUGGGCAUGGCAUGAUUUUUAGAGGCACAGCAAAGACGAGGUCUUUAAUUUGUCCUGCUUCAAUUACAUGAGCUCAUGCACCCACUGGGUGGGCUGAGUGGGGGUGGCCCGGAAGUUCAGGGGUGAUUAGGGAGCGCUGCCUCGGUCUCCAAGAUGUCUUUUGCAUCCUACACACAGCCCCGCUGGCGACGAGACCGCUGUGCAGGAGGGCCGGGGUCUGGGAGGGUUUUCCUCGGUGAAUGACGCUGGCUGCGGAAGGUUCCUGUGAUCCCCGGGAAAUCAGGCCAGCGCCGCUGUGUUGUUCUGUGGCAGCCAGGACAGCAGGAGGGUGGAGGUGAACGAGGCAGCUGCCUCUGGCCCCUGCCUGGUCUGUAGUCAGCUCUAAGCGGGGAGUCAGCAUGAGAUGGAAGCCUCCUGCCACAGGCAUCCGGCCCCCGCCACUCCUAACGCAGCCCGGGGUGGACACGCUCCGGGCCCGGCUCCGAAGGCCUGCCCUGGCCUAGCUGGGGGGCGGGCUCUUCCGAUGAGCAGUGGCGUAGCUCAAGCCGCUAUGCUAAACCUCUCUGACUCCUGGCUUCAACUCUAAAAAGUAGAA